AUGGACGCGUUCCCAGAUGAAUAUGCUACACUCAAACAAAAUCCAAGAACUAAUACUGCACCACCGAUAGUAAAGUCGAGCCCGUUAUAUAAACUCUCACCGUAUAUCGACAAGAACGGAGUCAUAAGGAUGAACAGCAGGAUUGGGGCAGCUCCCUUCACCCCAUUCGAAGCUAAGUAUCCUAUUAUACUUCCGCAAAGGCACCGUCUGACAAACCUUAUCAUUGACAGCUAUCAUCGGCGCUACUUACACGGGAACAACGAGACAGUAGUGAACGAAAUGCGACAAAGGUUCUUCAUAUGUGGACUCCGAGCCCAGGUCAAGCGAGUCAGCGCGGAUUGUCAGCUUUGCAUACUCAGAAAGGCCAAGCCACGACCGCCGAUAAUGGCACCACUUCCCCGAGUUCGACUUACUCCGUUUGUCAAGCCGUUCACCUUUGUGGGUGUUGACUACUUCGGACCUCAAUUAGUGAAGCAAGGUCGUAGCUUGGUCAAACGUUGGAUUGCACUAUUCACCUGUUUAACGGUACGAGCAGUACACCUUGAAAUAACACACAGCUUAACAACGAGUUCGUGUAUUCUGGCAUUUCGUCGAUUUAUUGCCCGCAGAGGUUCACCCGCAGAAAUUUUCUCCGAUAAUGGAACCAAUUUCCAAGGAGCGAAAAACAUCCUCGCGGACCAGCUAAAACACAUUCAUCAGGAGUGCGCUGUGACAUUCACCAAUUCUACCACACGAUGGAAUUUCAACCCACCUGCCGCUCCUCACAUGGGUGGUUCGUGGGAACGAAUGGUUCGUUCUAUUAAAGUGGCUAUGGAGGGAAUUUCGAAACACCCGCAAAAUCCUUGCGAUGAGGUGUUGGAGACAGUAGCGCUCGAAGCGGAAGCGAUAGUCAAUUCCAGGCCUCUUACCUAUAUACCCCUAGAAACGGCUAAUUCUGAGGCACUUACACCAAACCAUUUUUUGUUGUAUGGUGAACACGGUAUCACCCAACCGAUGAGCCUGGCGGAACCGGAAGGAACAGUGCUCAGAGAUAGUUGGAAACUCUCUAGAAAUUUAGUAGACAUAUUCUGGAACAGAUGGGUUCGAGAAUAUCUACCCACUAUAACUCGAAGAACAAAAUGGUUCCAGCCGGUGAAACCUUUGGAACCAGGAGAUCUUGUGCUCGUAGUAGACGGAAAUAAACGGAACGGUUGGAUUCGAGGUCGCGUUUCUAGCGUCGUCAAAGCCCCCGAUGGACAAGUGCGAAAGGCGUAUGUGGUGACUGCCAACGGUGAAAGUUUAAAACCGGUGGUAAAGUUGGCGCUACUCGAGGUUAAGCCCGGGUCAGCAGAAAACGUUCCAGAUCCGUCGGAAAUGCACGGGUGGGGGGAUGUUCACGCGGCCCACAGUGCUUGA